GAUUUUAUUAAUAAAUUUGGAUUGGUCUAAUUUAUGGGAGUUUAGGGGAGUUUUUAAAAACUCACAUGAAUUCGAAAUUCGACCUUUGAUAAAUGUGCCUCUAUAAGUGUUGGGCAGAUAGAUCACAGAUAUAGGAAGGCUGGUACAUUUUUUGCAGAAGAGAUGGCAACCCUUUGGGUAUAAUCACACAAGGCGAUUCGUUUUCCGAAGUCGGGAAUCACAUGCAACGCUUCGUUUUCCGGAGCCGGGCUAGUUAGGAAAACAAAUCACCGUGUGUGAUUAGCGCCGGCGUUUUUUUUUUUCAUUUUAGCCGGCGCUGAGUGAGGGAAGGCGUUUGGGGAGAUUGGUCGUUGCAAAAACGAGGCGAUUAGUCGCCAGGCGACCAAAUCUCCCCAAAACUCCCAGUGUGGCCUGACCAUUAAGGUAGCCUUGCCAGAUCGGGAUGGGAUGUUUCUAGGAAUGUCUGCCAGAUGGGCUGCACUGAUCGUAUUUAGAAAAUCACAACUCCACCCAUCAAACACUCAUAUCUUAACCCCCUAAAUUAAGGGUGUAACAGAACAUCUGGGCAUUCCUAGCUGUAAUAUAGUGACGAAAAGAAAAUCUAGUCCCUGUUUGUUUCUCUGGUAUAAUAGUACUACUGCUUUAAGUGCAAAGAGGAGGGGCAGGUUUCUAUAGUGACCAGAGACAACACAACAGGCAGUUGCAUAUCCUCUCUGCACUAUGUUGCCCAAGGCAUAUACUGAAUAAAGCUGUGAGCAGUUAAUGGGGGGGCCUUUCUGCACAUCUAGAGCUCAGCUGAACAAAUCCAGCUGUACAGAAUGGCUGAAAUAACUGAGCUCCACCAAGCUGCUGCACUAGGGGAUUAUGAUUUGGUUUCACAGAUACUGAAGAAAGGUCUCUUUGACCCAAAUUACAAAGAUGGUGACUGGAGCGACAGGACAGCCUUGCACUGGGCUGCGGCCAAAGGCCAAGCGGAUACAGUCAAGCUGCUGAUUGAAUACGGGGCCCGGCCUUGCUUGAGAACUGACAGUGGGUGGACAGCAGCUCAUUUUGCAGCAGAAUCGGGGAAACUUAGUGUUCUGAGGGCUCUGCACUCCCUGCAUGCUCCUAUUGAUCUGUCUGAUCUACAUGGAGAUACUCCCAGGAGAAUAGCAGAGAUAUAUGGACAUAAGGACUGCGUCAAGUUACUUGAAGUAGCAGAGGCAGAAUGUGCUGCGUAUCGACAAACAGCAGAAGCAGAGGGAAACCCUUUGGAUGAAUUGGAUGAAGAGUGGGAGGCAAAGAAGAAGGAGAUUCAGGAGAUCCAAUCAAAGAGAAGAAAUAAAUCUGUUAAAUCAAGAGAUCAGGACCCUCAGCUGUUUCACAAGCCUCCCAGAACUGAUAUAAUUCAAAGAAAAGCUGCUGUUCCCAAAAGUGCAACAGAACGGAAGGGGAUCAAGUAGCAAUUGCAUGGGGCAACAAGUCUAGUAACUGUGCGACUACAACUGGAAGCCUUUAGUAUUAACUUACCUCCGUGUUAAUAAAUUGCACCAAAAAACCCUUA